CUCUCUCUCUCUCUCUCUAUAUCUGCUUUAUAAAUUUGGAACUUCAUUUCUUUCUCAUUUCCAUGUAAAUCUUCCUCUCUGUCUGGAUCACUUCCUCCUGAAGAUUUCCUACUUCGAUAAUGGAGUUCAGACUCCUGCAUGUCCUAGCUUCUCUCGCAGUGAUUCUGGUGACUUCCCAUGCAGCUCUAACUCCAGAACUGUAUUGGAAGUCGGCGUUACCCAACACCCAAAUGCCAAAAUCCAUCAAGGACAUGUUACAACAACAGUCAGACUUCAUGGAAGACAAGAGCACCUCAGUUGGCGUAGGCAAAGGUGGAGUGAACGUUCAUGCCGGCAAGGGACAGCCUGGCGGAACCACAGUUGGUGUCGGGAAGGGCGGAGUCGGGGUCGACUCAGGGAAGGGGACCAGUGUCGGAGUUGGCAAAGGAGGAGUCGCCGUGCACACAGGUCCCAAGGGCAAGCCCGUUUAUGUCGGGGUCAAGCCCGCACCCAACCCGUUCGACUACCUCUACGCCGCAUCCGAGACCCAACUUCAUGAUGAUCGGAACGUGGCCCUCUUCUUCCUGGAAAAAGACCUAAAACCCGGAACAACAAUGACUUUGCACUUCACCAAGACUUCGAACUCGGUGGCUUUCUUGCCCCGCGAAGAAGCUAAAACCCUGCCGUUUUCAUCCGACAAGCUACCCGACAUCCUGGACCACUUUUCGGUGAAACCCGGAUCAGCAGAAGCCGAAAUAAUGAAAGACACUAUCAAGGAGUGUGAAGAAGCAGGCAUUAAGGGAGAGGAGAAAUACUGUGCAACCUCAUUGGAGUCCAUGAUUGAUUACACCAAGUCCGAGCUUGGAAACAAUGUCAAGGCUCUCGCCACAGAGGUGAACAAAGAGACCCAGUUGGAGAAAUUCACCAUCAAAGCAGGAUUGAGAAGAGUUGCGGCAGAUGAAGCAGUGGUGUGCCACAAGCAGAACUAUGCAUAUGCUGUCUUCUACUGCCACAAGACACAAGCCACCCGGCUCUACAUGGUCCCCAUGAAAGGCGCGGAUGGGACGGAGGCCAAGGCCAUCGCCGCUUGCCACACCGACACGUCGGCAUGGAACCCGAAACACUUGGCCUUCCAAGUGCUCAAGGUCAAGCCAGGGACUGUGCCCGUUUGCCAUUUCCUUCCUGAGGACCACAUUGUGUGGUUUCACAACUAGGGACUCCCGCUGUUAGGGAGAACAUGGGGUCACUCUCUUGAUAUGUACUAUGGUUGGAGGGUGCCCAUGUCCUAAGUAUGUAUGGAGCCAUCUUAGCUCAUAUAAGCGAUACAUGUACUUCUAGUUAUACAGACCAGUGUGUAUGUGCACUUGUGAUAUGUGACAGACAUCUUUGGGUUAGGUAAUCCGGUAUUGUUCUC